AUGCAGGACUGUCACAAGUCUUUCCUGAUCAAAGACCUCCUGGGCGACGUAUUGAGACCAGGGCAAGCGGGUGCUGUCAACGAAGAUGCGGAACGCGAGGGCGGUCGGCAUUCUCCCACCCGCCACAACGUCGAGCAGUCAGACGUCGAAGACGACAUCUCGGUGGGGGACAACCGCAGCGAGGCCUCCACGCCGAAGAAGCGCCACUUCGGCUUCGAGAGCGACCCCGACAGCUUCCAGAGGAGGAACUGCGACAACGAGAGAUCAUCGCCGAUGGAGUACAGCUUGAACCGACUGCGGAACACCAGCUACGACUCCCCCUUCAAGGAGGAAGAUGACGACCCCGUCAAGCUGUACGACGCCGGUCUCUUUCACUUGUACAGGGCGGAAAGGGACGGCAACAAGGAGGAGGCGGCCGACGCCGCCUUCGGUGCCGGUAUAUCGGAGGGGAUUUACGGCAGGUCGAUGGACCUGACGAAGGGCUCGUUCCAAUCGCAGCUGCUCGCCGGAUUCGCGUCCGUCAUGGCCGGUGGCUCGCAAAGGGAGUCGCAGGAUAGCUCUGACCGCCAGCAGCAGAAAGCGGCCACACCUACCGCGGGCAGGAAGCCUAGAAGACGUCGCACGGCGUUCACGCACGCUCAGCUCGCCUACUUGGAGAGGAAGUUCCGCUGCCAGAAGUACCUGAGCGUGGCGGACAGGGGAGACGUCGCAGACGCGCUGAGCCUGAGCGAGACUCAGGUCAAGACCUGGUACCAGAACCGACGAACGAAGUGGAAGAGGCAGAACCAGCUGCGUCUGGAACAGCUGCGUGCGCAAGCGGCGAGUGGAGAACGUGAACUGUCGGCGCACGCCUUGCCAUUGGCCUGCGCUCUACUUCCCCCCUACCCGGCAUACAUGCACUGCCAUCUG